AAAAUAUCAAACCCAGAAAUCAACCAGAAACCCCAGCGAAAAAAAUGGACGUCGCAGAGGUAAGAAGCUCGAACCCACAGCUAGCAGGGCACGGCGGCGGCGGAGGCGGCGGUGGAUACACUCUUCCGGCAGUCAGAUUCUCAAACGAGGACAUACUAUUCUGCAUUGAUGUCGGCCCGGAAACAAUGACGGAGAUGAAGGUGAACGGGCCCAACGGCCGUCCCUACACCCGAUUGGAUUCCAUAAAGCAGGCAGUUAUGCUAUUCGUGCACUCCAAGCUCAGCAUAAAUCCCGAUCACCGCUUCGCAUUCUCCGCUCUCGCCAAAUCCACCUAUUGGCUCCGGAAAGAGUUCAGCAGUGAAGUUGACGCAGCACUUUCUGCUCUACGAGGUCUCUCAGUGGAUUCAUCCGCCAGUCAUGCAGAUCUCACUCAGCUUUUCAAAGUAGCAACUCACGAAGCAAAGAAAUCUCGUGCACAGAAUCGGAUAUUCCGUGUGAUCUUGAUCUACUGUAGGUCAUCCAUGCCGCCACAAUUCCAGCUGCCUUCGACUCUGAAGCUCUUCACCUUGGAUGUGAUGUACCUCCACGACAAACCCGGACCCGAUAAUUGCCCACAAGUGGUGUAUGAUACGCUGGUCGAAGCCCUCGAACGGAUCAGUGAGUUCGAGGGCUAUAUAUUCGAGAGUGGUCAAGGACUGACGCGCGCCCUUUUCCGAAACAUGUGUCAGCUGUUAUGCCAUCCUCAGCAACGUUGCAUUCAGGAUGAGCUAGACCUGCCCAAGUCUCUGGUGAAGAAGUCUCUUGCAGCUGACGUGUCGCAAGGUGAUGAUAACAUCGUCAUCUCCAGCCAGUGACUCGGAACUGUAAUUAACCAAGAAAUUAAGGUAACUCUCUCUAGUUUUGCUGUCAACUUGUCCUGUAAGUUUCUGCACCAAAAUGCUGAUUAUCUGUCUUAAGUUUUGUUGUCAACUAUGAUGAUGCAGCUCUAAAUGAAGUAAAUUUGAUGCAGUGUUUAUUA